AUGCUUGCAGCUUCUGAGUCAGGCAUGGCAUCUGCAUCUAUCGAAGCAAAAUAUAGUGAUGGCAGUACGUCAUCUGGGCCUCUCUUGGUUCCAGCUUGGUGGAGCUGGCCAUAUCCCGCUGGAGCAGACCUCUCGUUCGGACAUUACUUGACAGAAAAUACCAUGAAUUUCAAUCGGUCCAACAUCUUGCAGACCAUCAACUGGCUUGACUCAUCGAAGGAGCUUGUGUCUCUUUCCCUCCCAAAUUCCUCGACUGGUGUGUCAAAUGAGCCUGCGGCGACUCAGUGA